UAUGGAGGGAUAACACAUACCUAAUGAAGUAUGAAGCAGCAGAUUUGAAGCCUGAGCAACAGAAGUCAGCAUCCCCAACCCAACUAGGCUUAACUAGCCUCACGGAAUCUAAUCUGAGACUCUUGGAUUUCUGGGCUUGCUACAGUGCUGACCCUAGAAUCCUCUUCAAUUCCAGCCACAAUGCUAUGUCAGGCAUUUCACAGAUUUGGUCAAAAGCUGAUACGCAGAUGUAUCCUGCAGCAAGACAUGGCUGAAGCUGCCCCUACCAGAAGCCUGAACACUCUGGAUUUAGUGGCCCUGGGUUUGGGUCACACAGUGGGUGUAGGUGUGUAUGUCCUGGCUUGUGAGGUGGCCAGCAAUCAAGCAGGACCAUCCACUAUGAUCUGCUUUUUGAUGGCCGGUCUAUCUUCUGUGUUGGCCGGGCUGUGUUUUGCAGAGUUUGGUGCCCGGGUUCCCUAUUCUGGCUCUGCAUAUCUCUACAGUUAUGUCACUGUAGGUGAACUCUGGGCUUUCAUCACUGGCUGGAACCUCAUUCUGUUUUUUGUUGCUGGUACAGCCAUCGUGUCCUGUGCCUGGACCUUAGUUUUUGACAACCUCCCUGGGAAUGAGAUCUCUCAGACCCUGCGUGAGAGCAUCUCACCCCAUGUUCCCCAUGUUUUUGUAGAAUAUCUGGACUUUUUUGUUGUGGGCCUUGUGUUGUUAUUCAUUGGAUUGCUGACUUUGAGGAAUAGUGAGAUUUUCCUUGUUACCAAAGUGUUCACACUGCUAAAAAUUUUGGUUCUUGUUUUUUUCAUCACCUCUGGCUUCAUUAAGGGGGACCUGCACAACUGGAAGCUCACAGAAGCAGACUAUGUAAAGGCUGGAUUCAAUGACACCUCAAGCUUGGGGACUCUGGGGUCUGGAAGAUUUGUGCCUUUCGGCUUUGAGGGGAUUCUCCGUGGAGCAGCUACCUGUUUCUAUGCAUUUAUUGGUUUUGACAAUAUUGUUACCAGAGUUGAAGAAGUCCAGAAUCACCAGCGUUCCAUUCCCAUGGGGAUUGUGAUUUCACUACUCAUCAGCUCUUUGAUGUAUUUUGGAGUCUCUGCGGCACUUACGCUUAUGGUGCCUUACUACAAGAUUCAACCUGGGAGCACCUUGCCUGAGGCAUUUCUUCUUAUUGGCUGGGCCCCUGCCUACUAUGUUAUAGCUUUUGGAUUCCUCUGUAGUCUUUCUGCCAGCCUCUUGGGCUUUAUGUUCCCCAUACGUGAGGUAAUACAUGUGAUGGUGAAGGAUGGCCUCCUGUUCCCUGUCCUUGCCAGGAUCCAUACUGGCACAUACACCCGCAUUGUGGCCACUGUGAUCUUUGGCAUUAUUGCAGCAAUCAUGACAUUCUUUUUUGGACUCACUGAUCUUGUGGACCUCAGGUCAAUUGUGACCCUGCUGACUUACUCCCUGGUGGCAGUUAGUGUUCUCAUCCUCCGAUAUCAGCCUGAGAUGCAGAAUGAGGGAAAUAAAGCAGAGGUGCAGGAGGACAAUAGACCUUCAGCAGAACAGCUGACUCUACAGGGACUAUUUUUUCCAUGCAGCUCCACACCUACUCCACUCUCUGGCCGGAUUGUCCGUGUUUGCUCCUCACUGCUUGCUCUGCUGCUCACUCUUCUUUGCCUGGUGCUGGCCCGGUGGCCAGUUCUGCUUUCUGGAGACCCACUGUGGAUUACAGUGGUUGUGGUGCUCCUGGUGCUCAUCACUGGGCUCACUGGGGUCAUCUGGAGACAGCCUCAGAGCUCCAGUCCCCUUUACUUUAAGGUCCCUGCUCUGUCUCUCCUCCCACUACUGAGCAUCUUCAUGAAUAUUUACCUUAUGAUGCAGAUGACAGCUGCCACCUGGGCCCGAUUUGCUGUCUGGAUGCUGAUUGGGUUUGCUAUCUACUUCAGCUAUGGAAUCCAACACAGCCGGGUCGCUUAACUUUACUUAAGUUAGGGCCAAAACUGUAGACCUUGAACUCAGCAGUGUGUGUACACAGUUGGCUUGACAUCAUCACACCUGAAUGCAGUCUGGUCCCCCUGCACAACAAUGGAGAGUAGUCUUGAAUACAUGGAAAGCUAGGCCUCCCAUAGCAUAUUGGUGGGGGAAAGUUAAUAGAGCUUUGCAUUUGUUGUGGAGUGAAGGAUUUUUGUUUUUGUUUUUGUUUUUUUGCUUUUUAACUUGUCUACUUUUUAAAUCUAUUUUUCAGUUGUGUCUAUAGCUGCUUGCUGCACUUAAAACAAUUUUAAUUGGGACCCUUGGGUGGCUCAGUCAGUUAAGCUUCUGACUUUUGAUUUUGGCUCAGAUCAUGAUCUCACAAUCUGUGGGAUUGAGCCCUAUGUCAGUCUCUGUGAUGACAGUGAGGGGCCUGCUUAGGAUUCU